AUGUUGGGUCACUCUAUUAGAAUAUCAUCCGGUAAAGCUCUGAGUUAUAAACUCUUGCGACCAUUCUCGCGUGUGAAAAAUUUUUCAACGCAAACUGAACCUCUUCCCAGUCAAAGUGAAUCUCUUAAUCCGAAUGAUCCACCACUAAUAGAUCCACUAAAGCACCCGGACUUCUUUGGAGUCCAUCAGCUGUUUACCGUAAAAGAUUUAUUUGACGCGCGAGUCCACUACGGUCAUAAAAUCGGGUCUCUAGAUGACCGUAUGAAACCUUUCAUCUUCGGAUCACGCCUCGGUCAUCUAAUAUUCGACCUGGACAAGACAGCAGUGCUGUUACGAGAAGCCCUGAACUUCACAGCACACAUUGCAUUUCGCAAAGGAGUUAUUCUGUUUGUCUGUCGUAACCCGCAAGUGACGCACUUGGUGGAGAAAACUGCCCUCGAGUGCAAGGAAUUCGCUCAUACUCGCUUCUGGCUCGAUGGAAUCUUCACAGACUCCACCAAGAAGUUCAAAGCAGUGACGCGGCUCCCAGACCUGGUCAUCCUGAUCAACAGCCUCAACGACGUUCUUAAUCAGAGCAACGCAGUUCGGGACAGCGCCAAGAUGUGCAUCCCCACCGUGGGAAUCGUCGACACCAAUUGCAAUCCUAAUUUAGUGACUUAUCCAGUCCCGGGUAACGAUGACACUCCAGUCGCUGUUGAACUUUACUGUAAAUUAUUCAAAGAAGCUAUCAUGCGCGGCAAAAACGCGCGCGCUAAAUUGUCUCAUCUUCUUGAUGAAUAA